AUGGAGAAUCCCCCUCGGCCUUCCGCCCCACUACCUCUUUUACUCGCCCCUAGCCCUCCUACCUCACCAGCCCUCCGCAGCUUGGCCCAGGGUCGUGCGCUCGAGCGCCGAGUCGUGAGCUGGUCAGACCUCUUUCCGUUGGGUGACCUCGAUGCAAAAAUCUCUUCGGCCAUUAAGCGCAUUCGUGAUGAAUUUCCUGAAGCCAGCAAAACCUGUAUCGGGAUCUCAAGCAAAAAGAAGCAAUGCCGGCUGAAACUAAGUGGAAAAUCGGUGCAGACUAUGUCUCAUAGCAUUCAGGAGAUCCUCAAACCACAGGUCUUCCUGCGCGACGAAGUACUGGAAAUCUGGGUCCAGCAUCUCAGAGAAGCGGCAUUCUGUUGCUACCAUAAGAACCAGUGCUUAAGCAAGGCUGCUGGUUGGAUCAAAGCCAUUAAGACCGCCCGGAGCCUCCUAGAAUCAAGCCCGCCCCCGCCAGACACGGCAGAUGCAACUAAUAAAACCACUCCAGAUCAACUGGACACUGUGAGUAGCACUCUGCGAGAGACAGCGAAGCAUUGGAAAGUGACGGGUUACGAUACCUCCCCACUUCGAAUUCUCUCAUCGGAGAGCUGGAACGUGAAAGAUUGGUCAUCCGAGAAAUACCAGGAUCGGAUUUUAGUUGUGCUUGAGAACUUAGAGGGAGAGGAGGGGGGAGGCUAUGUCUAUGUCUACGAGAUCAAGGGAAAUGAAGGCUACGUCAAGGUUGGUUAUACCGAGAAAACCGCACAGGAACGGAUGGAUGAAUGGAGUGAAACUUGUAACCGCCAGAUCACGGGAAUCUACCCUCGUCCCGUUGACUUGGAAAGACGGAUCCAAAGUCCAGCACUGAUUGAGAUCCUUUGUCACGCGGAUCUCAGAACCUGUCGAGUGAGGGUUGACUGCGAAGCAUGCUUGCACCCGCACUCGGAAUGGUUCCAAACAUCUCCUCAACAAGCAGUUGGUAUUGUUGAGAAAUGGUCGCGAUGGAUAGAUGAGACUGCUGGGCAGCCGGGGUGGAGAGAUGAGAUGAAAGCGAUAGUACUGGAAAGUGCCGAUGUAGAGCACUGUUUGGAAUCAUUGCUUCAGAUCAAAAUCUGUGAUGACUGGGGUUGGAAUAAGAGCAAACUGGCGCACAGAAGCUAGAACAUGAACUUGGCUUCAGAGGUUUAGCAGCAACGCCACAAGGCUAAUACAAAGGCAUCUUGGUUUCUCGCAAGCACGUCCUUGUGCACUAGAUCAUUUCGACGACCUCUGGACCCGGACCUCUAUGUUAAGCUAC